AUGGCAGCAGAAGACACUACGGUCUACUUGGACGACUUGGACAUCUCCCAGACUGGCACGAAGCGCCAGAGAACGGAGGAAGCAUCCGGGCAAAACGACGCGAAGCCAGCUCCACCCAAACGCCAGCGCACGUUGGGAGAAAUGACUUUUUUCUCCGGCUCACAGAGGACGGUCUCUCGGUCGUCUUCCACAUCGACUCUGAAGUCUUCAGGGAGCUCAUCCUCCAUCGUUGGCAAAUCCAGCAAUGGAUCAACAUCGCCACUAAAAGGGGGAAUGAAGCUGAAUGCAAUUCCUUUUUCGUUGAGCGCAUACCAAGUGUCUUUAUCUGACAGUGAGAAGAGGUUAUUGAAGCUGGAAUGCGAGGUAAUGGGGAAAAGCUGGCUUAAGGUCCUGAAGGAUGAAAUCAGGAAGCCAUACUUUCUCUCUCUGAAGGAAUUCUUGUGGAAGGAAGGUGUACGUGACCUAGAAGACACCCGGCCGACGGUGAAGGUCUACCCCCCAGUGAAGAAUAUAUAUUCUUGGUCGAAUUUCACUCCGUUAGGCAAGGUUAAAGUCGUUCUUAUUGGUCAAGAUCCAUAUCACGGCCGAGGUCAAGCUCAUGGACUAUGUUUUUCUGUCCCUCACGGCAUCCCGAUCCCACCGUCACUGAGAAGUAUUUAUGCCGAAAUAAAAAAUGAAUAUCCGGACUUCGUCGUUCCUAGUCACGGUAACCUAUCGGCAUGGGCGAACAAUGGCGUCCUCAUGUUAAACUCCUGCCUGACCGUGCGUGAUGGCGACGCUAACUCUCAUGCUGAUAAGGGAUGGGAGAAAUUUACCGACUGCGUCCUUGACAUGGUGGACAAGUACGGUGGAGCAAACCUGCCUAGCGCGGGAGGAGGAGAAAGUGGAUUCGGCCGAGGUGUCGUCUUCCUCGCAUGGGGCGCAUAUGCGGCAAAGAGAAUCGCCAAGCUGGAUAAGAAGAAGCACCUUAUUCUGACCAGCGCUCACCCCUCUCCUUUCUCUGCACACAAGGGAUUUUUUGAGAACGGUCAUUUCAGAGUGGCGAACGAGUGGCUUGAACACCACUAUGGGCCCGAGAGCAAGGUAGACUGGUGUAAGCUAGAUUGCGACUGA